AUGAUGCUGAGAACUAAUAUUGGUAACAAAACUAAAGACAAUACGACGACAUCGUCACAGUCAACAAAACAAGUCACCACUACAAUAGCUACCCGCACUGCUGCACACUCAUCAUCUUCCCUUCGAUCAGGCGAGAUGAAAAUUAUGCAAAAUUUUCUUCUCAUCUGGUUUGAUGGUAAUACCGAUAAGAAUCAUGAAUACUUUCAAGAUUACUUUACGAAACUACGAAAUAUUGUCAGUACAUUAGAAAAAUUUAAUAAUGUUAACCGUUGCGUCGAAUAUUUAAGAAGUGUUGAAUUUGAAAAGGUCUUUUUAAUAGUCUCAGAAACACUCAACAAAGAUAUUCUACCACUCGUACAUGAUAUGAUUCAAAUUGAUACUAUAUUUUUUCUCACUAGAGAUAAAAAGCGACACAAACAAUUGAAAAAGAAAUGGUCAAAAGUUCAAAUUGUUUCAACGUCCGUUAAAUCUAUUUGCAAGCGAUUAAAUAAGGCCGUGCGAGAAUGUGACCACAAUGUAAUGCCUAUGAGUUUCGUUCCAAAACGGACAUCAAUGGAAACAACAUUCGAUCAAUUCGAAUUAUCUUUCAUUUGUUCGAUACUCAUAAACGAAAUCAUCUUGGACACCAAAGAAGAUGAUACGAAGUGUAUGAAAGACCUUGUGGCAUAUUGUCGUCAGCAAAAUAUCUCUGAAUCCCAGCUAAAGCAUUUUCAACGUAAAUAUAAUCGAAAAUCUCCGAUAUGGUGGUAUACUUAUGAAUGUUUUCUCUUCAGUAUGCUCAAUAAGGCUGUAUGCUCGAUGGAUUUAGAAUGUAUGAGUAAAUUAGGCUUUUUCAUCCGUAAUCUAAAUCGACAGCUCGAACAGCUGCACAAAGAACAAUCGAACGCAUAUAAAAAGCCAAUUACCGUUUAUCGUGGCCAGGAAUUGAAUAAAGAGGAAUUUGAAGAUCUAAUCAAUACGAAAGAUGGACUUCUAAUGUUCAAUAAUUUCUUUUCGGCUAGUUCAGAACAACAUGUAGCCAUGAAAUUUGUUCGACGUUCACUACGCAAAAAUGAAAAUGUAGUGAUUGUUCUAUUUGUUAUGACCAUCGAUCCGAAGAAAGUAUCAACUUCGGUAACACCAUUCGCUAAUAUCGAUGACUAUAGUGUUAUUCUACAAGACGACGAAAUACUUUUCGCGAUGAAUACUAUGUUUCUGGUGAAGGAAAUAAAAAAAUCGGCCAAGAAUAACCAUCUUUGGGAAGUUGCAUUGACACUUAUAGAUGUUAAUGAUCCACAACUUGCUGCGCUCACACAUCGUAUGAGAGAGCAUUUAAGUGAGUCGACAGGAUGGCAACGAUUAGGCGAUUGGCUACUAAACGUCGGGCAGUACCAGCAGGCUGAAGAAGUAUACAUUGGUUUACUCAAAAAUUCUUCGUGUGACAAGGAAAACGCAUAUGUCUAUCAACAACUAGGACUGAUAAAAUAUAAUCAACAAGAAUACACUGAAGCAGUGUCAUAUUACAAAAAGUCUUUAAAAAUCUACCAGGAAACUCUCUGCGAAGACGAUCAAAAAUUGGGUGCUAUCUGCAAGAGUGUUGCGAUGGCCUAUGAAAAACUUGAGGAUCAAUCGAACGCACUCAAGUUUUUUGAAAAAGCACAUGACAUCUACAAGAAAGUUUUACCGGCGAAUCAUCCAGAUUUAUCUACUUUGUAUAGAAACAUCGGUCAACUGUACAACAGCAUGGGUAACUACUCAAAAACACUUGAGUUUUAUGAAAAAGCAAGCGCAAUACAAGAAAAAACUCUCACGUCGGAUCAUCUCGAUUUGGCUGCUUCCUACGAUAACAUCGCUUCUGUUUAUAAUAAUGCAGGUGAUUUCUCGAAUGCACUUGAAUUCUAUGACAAAGCAUUAAAAAUAAAAGAAAAAACUCUGAAUCAGACGGAACCCUCAUUGGCUAGCUCGUAUAACAACAUAGGCUCGAUGCAUUGUUGCAUGGAUGAUCAUAAAAAAGCACUAAAAUUUUUCAAAAAAGCACGCAAAAUCUUGGAGAAAAUUAUGCCUGCCAAUGAUCCUGAUUUGGCUAGCUUUUACAGUAAUAUCGGUAAAUUAUAUGAUAAUAUGGGAAAAUACUCGAAAGCAAUUAAAUUUUAUGAAAAAACACUGACAAUUGACGAAAUAACUCUACCUUUGGAUCAUCCUUCGUUGGCUACAUCCUACAACAGCAUGGGUCAAGUAUAUAGCAAUAAAGGUGACUACUCGAAAGCACUUGAAUAUUACACAAAAGCAAUUAAGAUAAGAGCAAAGGUUCUGCCUCCGAAUCAUCCCGAUUUAGCAUUUUCAAAACAUGAUAUCGGUGUUGUGUGUGAGAAUAUGGGAGAUUAUUCUAUGGCCAAACAGUUUUAUGAAUGGGCUUUUAGCAUUGGGCAACUAUCAUUACCUCCGGAUCACCCUCAUCUACACGUCUACCAACUAUCACUUGAUAAUGUCAAAACGAAAAUGUAG